AUGGCGCUGGGGGCCCUGCCAGCCCUUGAGGCCUUGGCGCUGGCAAAUGUCCAUGUGGGAGAUAUACUGCUGCAGUCUCUAGCUGCCUCCAAGCCCACAAGAUCAUCGCUACGGGCCUUAUCCCUGGAGGGUGCCCAUGGGGCCACCUUGCAAGGAGUCUGGCAUCUCGUUCGCGCGGUUGGAAGGGCCAUUUCAGGUGGUGGUUUGGAUGAGCUACAGCUGACUGCAAGUGCUGAUUGUCCCAUCGAUGACCACGUGCUGCAGAAGCUCGUGAGCGCUGGAAUCCGCUUCCUCACGUUGGAAGGUGCCAAAAUCAGCAAAGCGGGAAUUUGCUGCUGCUCUGGGUUGCAAGCUCUGCGAUCCAAGUCGUGUGGUGAGCUGGACUUGCCCGCAAAGCCACGCCUCGGACCAGCGGCGGGGCGACGAGAGGGCUGCCGACGGCCAGGUGCCAUGGGAGCCAAAGGAGUUCCGGCUACACCUGGAUCCGGGGCACUUCCAGAUGUCCGCGUUCUGGGGCCGGACCAACAGCUCUGUUAUUGGUGGAACAAGGGCUAUAGGUACGACGACCUCAGCUGGUAUGGCCUCGAACACUUCACAGCUUAA